UCGGGGUCCUUGUUUGACUGGGCGCUGUUCACCCAGCGAGGGUUCGGGGCCUUCUCUUUCGGCACGGCCCUGCUGGCGGCCGGCUACUUUACCCCUUAUGUGCACCUGGAGCCGUAUGGGCGGGCCCUGGGCCUGGACCCCUACAAAGCAGCCACCCUGGUGUCCGUCGCCGCUCUGUCGGAUGCCCUGGCCCGCCUGCUGGCCGGCUGCCUCGCCGACUGUCGCCUCGUCAGGCCGGCUCGUCUCCUGGUGCUGCUGAACUCCCUGACAGGCUGCAGCCUCCUCCUGCUCCCGCUGGCCUCCUCCUACACCAGCUCCCUUGUCCUGGCGACGCUGUACGGCAUCAGUGCUGGGAGUUUCGCCACCGUGGCCUUCGGGGUCCUGCCGGAGAUUGUGGGCGUGGCCCGCGUCGUGAACGCCACCGGGUUGUGUCUGAUGGUGAUGAGCGUUGGGGGCUUGCUGGGACCCCCCCUGUCUG